UGUCAGCAUCUGUAAGUUAAAUGCUAGAAUAAUGGCUUUCCCACAAGAAGCACAAAAACUCUCUCAGAGCUAAAAAUAAAGCCAGGAAAACUGCCUGCAGGGGGGAUUCCUUCAAGUGGGUUCAAGCAGCAAGGUCCUGAUGCCACUGGAGCCAGUGUUUACCGUUAUCACACUCCCAGAAACAUCCAACAAAGCUGGUACCGUUGACCAAAAUCCUUCUUCUAAAUUGCUGCUUUCCAGGACAAACUACAGCUUGUGUAAUAAGCUUCUCUUGGAUGAAAGUGAGUUCCGUGUAAAAAACUGUGUCAUAGGACCUGUAGAUUGUCGGUUCGUUACCAUGGAUAUUUCAUUAUAAGCCAUCACUGACACUUUCAGAAUGAAAUCGGUAUUAAAACUGCACUGAGGUGUAUGGUGUAAUCUACCAGGGCGGAUACGUGCGAACCUACUCCCGGUGGACAUUUACAUGACACGUGCCAUUUUGGAAUAAUCUUGGGUGAAGGGUCAACGAAUUUCCUGGGGAAGUAAACAGUUUAGGCUGCACAUUGACAGGUGUAUUUGAAGCUCUCUGACGUUUUUUGCCUGAAUACCAGACAUAUUGGAAGCAGGCAUUUCAAUGACAUGCCUGGUGUGUUUACAAAGAGUCUGAUUAUGUAACAAUUAACCCAUAUGUGCUUCACAGGGUAUUCCUGUUGUGUUGAAAGCUAAUUGUUUCAACAUGUCAGAGCUAACCAUUGAUUAAAUACCUGCCUGUUACCUUGAAAUACCUGGUCUGCUUCUAGCUUAUUGAUGGUUGAGAUACCUGGAUUGGUGCUGUCAUAUUGAUUCGGGAUCUGUAGUGGCAACAGUGAGAUAUAUUCUCUCACAGACAGGGACUAUAAAGUGGCAGUGCUUGGAGAUACCAGUGCCAAGUGUGGUGACUUGGUAGCAACUCAUUGAUUGAGGUCCUAAGGUGCUUCACAUGAAUAUAUUCAGGGAUUUAACCAGUUUGGUGGUGACAAUGUUUUUUCUCAACAAGGGAUUAUUGGCAUAAAGUAAAAAUAUACAGCGGAAAAAGGUACCGGUACACAAGAAAGUAAUCCUUGGUGGCAACUCUGAAAGUCAGUUUAUGAGAAACUUUAUGGUGGCAACUUUGGGAUGCAAUUAACCCUUUUGGGGCAAAAGUGCUGCGUCUGUUAACAAAUGUGGUGGCAACUUUGGGAUGCAAUUAACCCUUUUAUGGCAAAAGUGCUGUGUCUGUUAACAAAUAUGGUGUCAACUUUGGGAUUCAAUUAACCCUUUUGGGGCAAAAGUGCUGUGUCUGUUAAAAAUGUGGUGGCAACUUUGGGAUGCAAUUAACCCUCUUGGGGCAAAAGUGCUGUGUCUGUUAACAAAUGUGGUGGCAACUUUGGGAUGCAAGUCUUUGAUGGGAAUGCUCCGAGUCAAGUAAUUCGCAUGUGCCAAUAGUGUUGUGUAAGUUAACAAUUGUGGUGGCAACUUUGGGAUGCAAUAAACAUUUUUGUGGCAACUCUGAGUAAUUCCUUUGUGGCAACCUGGUGGCAAAUCUUGAAUGCAUAAAAUAUGUAAGUGGCAAAAGCUGGCAACAAGUCAACAUGUUUGGUGACAUCUGUAGAAAAUAAGUCAUUUUGCCUAAACCUAGUGACUCAACCCUUUUGGUGUCAACAAUGGCAUACAAAUAAACAAUUUUUUAGGUAGUGAGCAUAAAUUGAGUGGUAUAACAGUGGGAUACAAGUUUUUUUUCUCCUGGCACAGUAAGGAAACCCGUAGACUAUUUUUACCGGAACUACACCAAGUUAUAUCUUUGACACACCACUCAAGAUACUCCGAUCAUUAAGGCGUGUGGCAGAGUCAGUGGGCGAAAAGGAUACAUCAUGGAAAAUGCAAGGUGUGUUGCUAAAGACCACAAGCACAUCCCAGGCUUAAAUACACUGUUCGGGGACCAAUAGGUGAACACCAUCCCAUUCAACGCAAGGUAUGGGUUUGGAUCCCACACGACUAAUAUUCUACAUACAGGACCUGACUACCUCCAGCCUAUCCACUGUCAAAGCACAGGGUAAGGACAAGAACUUCCAGAUCUCGGACAAGGUUCUGUGGAAAGAUUUAUACUUUUAGAAAGAACUCAACACGGCUAGGUUAUAUUCCCCUCCACAACCAUUCUGAAAAGGAAUAUUCUUAGAAGUGACGUUUAGAUUCCUGCGAGUUCCAGCCAUAGGAGUUGGAUACAAGGCUUGAUGCACAUUUUCAUGCAUGUUAAGCAGUGAGAUGAGAAGCUAGAGGAAUGCUUAUGAGGGCUAUGGAUGUAAACAAUACCAGAGUGGAGAGGCUACGGAGAUAUGCGCCUCUAGAGGUGUUUGAGUCAAGAUGAUCCUCCAGGUGUUGCCAGUCGUGAUCUUCCAUGAUGAUGAUCGUCAACGUAUCCGUUCACUCGCUGCCAGACACUAUUGUUGCUCGUAACAGCGGGGAGUAUGUGGUCCCCACCCUCCCAGCAGCCAGUCUCAAGUCGUCCACAGAAGCCAUCAUGCCCGGUGGUCCUAACAAACACCAGGAAGCCUACUAUCUCUACUUCGUAGGCAUCCUCGGGAUGCUGCUGAACCUCACCGUCAUCAUCUGUAUAGUGGUGAGGAGGACACUACGCAAGAUGACAAGCGCGUUCCUGAUUCAUUGCUGCUUCUUGAACUUCGUGAAGGCCAUGUUUUGCAUUCCAUUUGGAAGUAACUUACUUUCAGUUGAUGAGCCCACAUCGUGUGCACUGCAAGGGUCUGCUUACAUUGUUAUCAACACAGCAUCAGCGUUCAAUCUUGUCGCGAUGAUUUGUACCGAGGCGUACACCUUUGGUGAAACAAACAUAGGAGGGACGUCCCAGGGUACUCUUUGUUGUGUGUUGUUCGGAAUCCUUACUGUGUAUAUCACUAGCACUAUUCUUCACCUCGGGCCUACACUGAUUGGCGGAAACAUAGAAUUCAACAGUAGAAUCGGCAUUUGUACUUUCAAGAUUGGAAAGGCUUCGGGAUAUAUUGCCUAUGUGAUGAUGAUUCUGAUCAUUUCAUUAGCUCUCAUUUGUGCCACCCAUUUUCUGUGCAAAUUCUAUAAAGAAAUUCAGUCGAAUCAACCGAACCGAGUCUCAAUGCUGGUCAGGACUUCAAUUACAAUCAUGGAUCAGCCGAAACAGACAGCUAGCAGUAUUCGGGAACUAAUAGAAGAGUCUUCUCACAGAGCGAAGAUAUUUGUCAUGACAGCUAUAAUGUUUGUAGUGUGUUGGUACCCUUUCUUCUGCCUCAUUCUUGUAGAUUUUACGUACAAAGUUUCACCAAAAGUUUACCAGACAUUUAGCUUCAUCGCAUGGUCUCAAGGGACGCUGGAACCAAUCCUGUAUAUUCUUUUUGACCGCAAACUGAACCUUCUCGCUCGAUUUGUUUACUGUGAUCAUUACCAGAGAUAUAACCGAGAGCACAUCGCCAGUCUCAUGGCACAACACCGACAGCCUUCACGCCCCAAUUCCUCCAACGUGGAACAUAUGAUGGAUCACUUCGACGGAGAUCCGAAUCUGUCCAUGGACCAUCAACUAGCCAUAGAUCACAGGGUGCCCAUGGAUCGAAAUACAUCGAUGGAUCGUUCCUCUACCAUGGAACGAAGGAUCCAGUGCCGACAUUGUCGAUUUGAACAGGAAAGAUAUGAUCAAGAUAAGUUUGGACAAAACCGAUAUGAAGACCGGUAUGACCAAGAGCAAGAUGAACUGGACCGUCAGAGCAGAAGUCAAUCUUCAUCAAUGACGAGGAAUGAGAAAGGUCUGCCAGACUCCGGCCACUCAAUGGAGGUUCAAUGUUAGACGGCUGUGAACCCUCACAGCUCUGAUUACUCAGUUCAACCAGUCCUCCCAAAUGGGGUACCAUGCUUAACCAUCCAGUGGGCCUUUUGUGCAGUGCAGGUACCGAGGUUAACCCACAAGUGGGCCUUUUGUUCAGUUGGGGUAUUAUGGUUAAUCCAUAAGUGGACUUUGUAUUCAAUUGGGGUACCAUGGUUUACCCAUGAGUGGGGUAUGAUCGUUAACCUACAAGAGGGCUUUGUGUUCAAUAGGGGUAUCAUGGUUAACCCACACGUGGCUACGUUUUCAAGCAAAGCAUGCAAGAAAGAUUCCACUUCACCAAAGGUAUCUCUGAGGAUUGAUGAGAAAAUAAUGGUCAAGAAACAGUGAGUGUUAGAAUUUGGGAAACUUAACUUAAGUUGAGAUAGUCUAGUGGAACCAAGAUCGUAAGAAAUAGCUUUGGUGUAUUCUACUGUGGAAUGCUAAACAUCUAUAAUUGCUGAUGUGAUGCUACUAUGAUGGAAUAAAAAUGGUGUAUUCUACCAUGAAAUAUUAAACAUCUAUCACUGGUGGUUUCUUGGAACUAAGAUGGAAUAACAAUGGUGUAUUCUACCAUGGAAUACUAAACAUCUAUCAUUGCUGGUUUGGUGGUACUAAGAUGGAAUAUCAAUGAUGUCUUCUACUAUGGAAUACAAAGGCAUCUAUCAUUGCUGGUACUAAGAUGGAAUAACAAUGGUGUAUUCUACCAUAGAAUACAAAAACAUCUGUCAUUGAUGGUUUGGUGGUACUAAGAUGGAAUAUCAAUGAUGUCUUCCACCAUGGAAUACAAAAAUAUCUGUCAUUGCUGGUUUGGUGGUACUAAGAUGGACUAACAAUGAUGUCUUCUACCAUGGAAUACAAAAAACAUCUGUCAUUGCUGGUUUGGUGGUACUAAGAUGGAAUAACAAUGGUGUCUUCCACCAUGGAAUACAAAAAUAUCUAUCAUUGCUGGUACUAAGAUGGAAUAACAAUGAUGUCUUCUGCCAUGGAAUACAAAGACAUCUAUCAUUGCUGGUUUGGUGGUACUAAGAUGGAAUAACAAUGGUGUAUUCUACCAUGGAAUAUUAAACAUCUGUCAUUGCUGGUUUGGUGGUACUAAGAUGGAAUAACAAUGGUGUAUUCUACCAUGGAAUACUAAACAUCUAUCAUUGCUAGUUUGGUGGUACUAAGAUGGAAUAUCAAUGAUGUCUUCUACCAUGGAAUACAAAAACAUCUAUCAUUGCUGGUUUGGUGGUACUAAGAUGGAAUAACAAUGAUGUAUUCAACCAUGGAAUACAAAGAAAUCUAUCAUUGCUGGUUUGGUGGUACUAAGAUGGAAUAACAAUGAUGAAUUCAACCAUGGAAUACAAAGACAUCUAUCAUUGCUGGUACUAAGAUGGAAUAACAAUGGUGUAUUCUACCAUGGAAUACUAAACAUCGAUCAUUGCUGGUUGCUGGAAUAUGAAACAUCAAUUAAUGCUAAUUGGGUGGAACAACAAUGGCAUAUUCAACCAUGGAAUAAGCAUGACUGGAUAAAGGACGUUUCUUGAGGAUUAAUGAUUCAUGAUAAAUAUUUGCUGUCACUAAGCCAACUUUGUUACAGUUCACUGAUCUUGUACAGAAGGGUGUUUGAAUAUCCACUGCAGUGCAGCAUACCUGACCUGAAGACAGCAAAAUUUAAAGAACAUUCUUGAAGAACAUCCAGACAUGAGUGGUUCAGAUAUGAGGUUCAGACAGUGUCAGGUUGGUUUACAGAGUGCCAGUGAUUGUAAAUCAUGUGCAGAUCAGAGUUAUUUGUGUCAUUAUUCCUGGCAGUUAGGGCUCGGACGAGUCCAAAUUUGCUACAAAUGCGAACAUUAGUGACUUGUAGUGUAACCAUAGAGUUCUGGAUAAUUUUUGUCAUUAAACAAUAUAUCACGUGACUAACCACGGGUCCGGGUAGUCCUGUGGGUACCCGGGUCCUAGUCAGUACCCACCCGACCCGGGUACCCGAGUUACCCAUCCCAGCCCUACUGGUAGUUACAAUAAUAAUUUUCAAGUACAGUCCAUAGGAUAAUGGAUAACAAGGGAGCAGGAUGAGCUACAGGAUAUGCAAUAGAAUCCUCAAAGUAAGCUCAUGUCAGUGAAUACAGACAGAUGGUAGUCUGUAGGAUCAGCCAUCAUAAACACAACAUUGUUAAAGAAAUACUGCAACACAUAAUUUGGAAUAUUUGAAUACUGAAUAUGAUACAUAUUGUAUAUCAUUCCAUAGGAAAUGUGUUCACUUUUCAAAAAAUGGCAAAUUGAAAUUAAGCGGCUAAACAUUCGAAAAUAUGAAUGCAGCAAAUUGAGGGUUCUUCUUUUGGACAAUUUUGGACAAUUUUGGACAAUUUUGGAUAAUUUUGGAUAAUUGUGAUAAUUUUAGCCCAAAGUACAUGUGUAGGGUGCAUCUUCAUUUGGUUUGUAGGAGACGUGGACAUAUUCUAUCUUUAACAUGCCUUUCAUACAUUAAAAACUGAAUGUAUUUAAUAGAUACGGAUUCAAAUUUGAGCUUUAUAAUUUAUUCUCUUAAACAUUCCCUCACCAAAUAGAAAAAAUGUUUGAAAAAUCAAUUUCCGAAAAAAGUGAAAACUUUCAGCUAAGAAUAUAUCAUGCAGACUACCGUGUACACUUAGUGCACAGCUUCUAUAACAGUACCUGUUGACCUCUAUCAGGAUUAAUACGAUUCCCAUGUGACCAAUCUGAUGACCUUCACCCUUUGGAAAACUGAUAUUCACCUUCAGCUAAGCCAGUGACCUUCACCUACAGCUAAACCAAUGACCUUCACCUUCAGCUAAGCCGACUACAUUCGCCUAAACUGAAGACCUUCACCUUCAGCUAAAGUGCUGAACUUUGCCGCCAGCAAUGCUUAUUUGGGCAAACACAACCAGGUACCAUUGUAACCAAUGUGAACUAUGCAAGUAACUCGAUGUCCCCAGUGUAUAUAUCACCUGUCACUGUCAUCUUUCUGAGAAACUGGAUCAACUCAGUCGCACAUCAGCAGUCAGGACUACGACUUCCUAUGGACAAAUAUGUCCAGGACAGCUGGAAUGUGCACACACACACUUUGGGUUUCACCCUAUUGUACACCAAUUGUCUUGGAGAAUCUUGUUGAAAAUGUGAUGAUGUUUGUGUUGAUGAAACUGUUGAUGAAGCUGUUGAUACAGCACUGAUGAGGUACAUAUUUACCAGAACUUCUCUCUGUGAUGCCUACUUUUGUGUAAUAAGAUGUAUGUGUGACUGCUUUUUACCAAUUUUGAGUGAAAAAAACGAUUUUGUGUCCUUACUCGAUUUGCAUAUUCACACCAUCUAAUAUAAAUUUCAUAAGGAGUGCAGUAUAGAAGUAAAGUCAAUCAAAGGUUUUGCUUAUCAAGAUAAAACAGAACUGAUCUCAAAAUGUGAUUGACAUGGGUUAGAUACAUCAUCUUUACACAUAGAAAUUGAUUGAACAGAGUUACUUCUGGAUAUCUGAGUUAUCCCCCUUUGGUUGUUUCCUCGUUUGAUAAUGAUGUUAGCAGGGGAAUUGGAUUGAACAAAUCAUUGUUAGAUGACCUCAGGUGACAUUUCCUGUGCUGGCCGGAAAUUGAACGAAACAUUUAUGUCCACAGCAGGUUGCCAUGCAAAUAUUUUUGUCCAGUGUUUAGAUCAUUCAAAUGUUCAUGGAGUAAUGACUAGUUUCCGGGAUUUAAGCUCAGAUGGUGAGGGCAUAAAAACAGUAUCUUCUGUAAACAUAUUUAAAGAUAGCUUAUGUUUUACUCUGGGACAACACCAAAGAAUAAAUUUCCUGUUUUAAAGAUUUUCGGAGGGUGCCAACCACCCCCUCCACUGAAUCCUGAAUACUAUCUUAGUUUUCACUCUGAGUCUCAUUACUCACCCUGAAUACUGAAUACUACCUGACACAAAUCUCAAAAGCAUUGAGAAAAGGGUGAAAAUUAAAGUUAAAUAACUGAAAAAAUAUUGAAAAAAGAAAAUAUAUAAAGGAAAUUUGAAUCUCUAUACCAAAUACAAUUAUAUUCGCUCAAUGACCUCUGAGUCCUGAAUACCCUUUAAAUACCGCAUUCGACGUAAUAAGAGCCCACGGCAAUAUUUCCUAAUAUAUUGGCUAGUGAACAAUCCUAAUUAGCACCCCUACGAUAGAUCAAUGUACACAAGACUUAUUUAUUCGUGCAUAAUACGCACUCGUGUUUUAUAUGCACCCUUAAUUAUGGGCAGUUAAGUUCUGGAAGAAUAUGUCUGGUGUAUAUAAACAUUUUAGGCUGUCAGCAUAAACCACGAAAUUUACGAUCUUACAACUCUGUUUUUUUUUCACCAAAAUAAUAUUCUAAUAAGAGCCCACUAUUCCUAAUUUUGAGAGAGCCCUGGGUGCUUAUUACGUCGAAUAUGGUAAACUCCAAAUCCCACAUACCAAAAGGGGGUUGGCAAUCGCAUUUCUUGGCCAAGAGGCAGGAAGCUCCAAAAUAAAAUUUAAAAAAUUUGAGAUGUUGUCAAGGUUGGUUUAUAAUUUAAUUUACGGAUCUAAAAGAAUGAUAAUUUGUGAUCAUAUUUUAGUUUUAUCAAAUGUCUUUAGUAUAUGAAGCCUUUCUGAACCACUUUUCUGAUUGUCUUCCCUUAGACUGUUUAUAACAAAAAAAUUACAUCUAUGAAAUCUUGAAAACAUAAUUGGGUACUCAAGCAACAAGUCACUGUGGCCUUUGCAAAAUGUUACCAAAGCUGGCUUUUGCCAAAUGUAAACUUGACACAGCUGUUUCCUCCAGACAUGUGUACUUACACCUGAUUGACUGACAAACUCACCCCAUCACACUCAAACUGAUUCUCAUGACAAACCGACCACGGCCUCAAUCCUCAAAGCGAUCUUAGCGUCAAGGCUAUCAUAAGUACAUGUUGAAGGAUGGAAGCUAUGAUCGCCUUAGCGAAAGAUUUUUAAUUGGAAUGAGGCCUUGGCUUUUAUGAAUAUACUGAGAAAAAGACAGAAGGAUCGGACAUAAGACCACAAUAAAUCAUUUAUUCGAUUUUAAUCAACAUAUUAAAAAAAUGUGAGGCUGGAGAUAUUUUACUUUUUAAAAAUUAACUGUUCAAUGCAUCUGUGUACAUUAACUGUCGAUGGAUAUUAUUCACAUGAAACACUAUUGAUUUGGAGGGCUAUGUCAGUACAGUGUAUUUCAUCAAGGUGACCCACUCAGUGACUUUCUUUGUCUGUUAAAGGUUACACACAACCAAAUGUUUUCCCAUAGACUUCUAUAGUAACGUUAUAUUUUUUUUUUAAAUAAUUAAGCUAUCAACAGCUAUUACCUGUACGUGUGUGCACAGUUUGACC